UGUAGGUCAAGCCUCUGCUGCCUUUUCCAUUUGCUUCAGGGCUCUGUUCUGAGAGGAGCUUCGUGAAGAGGAGAGAAUUCAUGGCGUCUUACCACUUUCCGACAUGAGAAAAGCCCUCAGCCAAUGGGAAGUAGUGAUAGCACUUUGUGUACUUGUCGAGUGGAGUUCUGGAGGAAUAACAACUGUCAUCUGCUCAGGCCGCGUCUGGGUGGAGCCAGCGCCAGUCUUUGAGAUGGGGUUGAACGUCUCCAUCCUUUGCCAGUCAGCUGUACCAAAUUGCCAGCCGAGGAAGUUUCAUCUCUAUAAAACCAGUAAAGGCAUUCAAGACAAACUUCGGAUGGCAAAACUCAACCAGACUACCGCGCGGCUGCAGCUUAGCAACUUCCGAGAGCCGCGAGCCCACGUAAUCUGCAGGGUGGAGUGUCCCAGGCAAGAGGGAGAGAAGCUGAUCUGCGGAGAAGACGUGGCUUCUGGCUAUCCUCCAAAUGUUCCCACCAACUUAACGUGCCUCGUUUAUGAGCAUUCCAGCAACGUGACGUGUACUUGGGAUACAGGGACACCCACCUACCUCAACACCAAAUACACCGUGCAUGUGAAGAGCUUGCAGACAGGAGAAGAACAGCUCUAUCUUACUUCAGGGUAUAUCAACAUUUCGACCAGCGCACUACGCAGUGGCAAAAUGUACUCCAUUUGGGUCCAAGCGGCAAAUGCACUAGGCAAGGAAGAGUCGGAUCACCUGCAACUUAACCUUGAUGACAUAGUGAUUCCUGCCCUCCCAGUCAUUACAGGAGCUGAGGAUUUAAAUACAUCGGUGCCCACAACUAUUAUCCACUGGAAAAUCCAAACAUCGAUGGAUGGAGUUUUCUGUGAGAUGAGAUAUAAGGCAGCCACGAGGCCAUCUUGGAAUGUCAAAGAACUAGAAACCACCUCGACGUCAGUGCAACACACAGAGUACAAUCUGGAACCCAGCACCAAGUACGCGUUUCAAGCCCGAUGUCGACAGCCUGGGAGGAGGUACGGGCGGGAGUGGAGCGUGCCCUUUUUCCACACAACCCCAGAAGCAGUUCCUCAGGUCUCCUUGAAAUCCUUCCAAGGCCAACCUCACCAUAUUGUAGCUCCAAGUGCUUCCAUCUUUAAAGACCAUUUGACUUCCGGCAAUAGAAAUCCCACCACUGGACUUUUGUCUGCAAUGCUCCUCUGUGUCACGGUGGUGUCUGCACUUUUCUUGACUGUGAUAUUUAAACAGUCACUCAGAGUCAGAAUUAAAAGGCGACUCCUAUUGUUCCUACCAAAUUGGCUUCAUGAAGACGUCCCCAAUGUGAGGAAUAGUUGUGCUAUGAAAACCUUACAGGAAAUAAGUGAAUUUAUCAUGAAUAAUUCCAGAGAGUCAUCCCUUGACCCAGAUCCAAUAAUCACGGAGAUAGAGGAAAUCUAUCUCCAAAAAGAAUUCCAACCCAUGCACUCUCAACUGGAAACCACAGCAGAGUUGGUGGCUAUUGGGGAGGACCCGCAUAUCUCGCCGUUUGUGGAUGUGACCGUGGCUUAUCUCCCUGACCCCAGCACCGGCUACAAACCGCAGAUCUCCAGUGUGCUCCCUGUGGAGCGCCCCCCCUGUGAGAUCAGAGACCUGAGAGUCUCAGCCUUUGAAUCCCAAGUCAUUCCUUUGAGUUUGGGCAAGAACGUGGUGAUCAGAAACUGUCCGAGCCCAGUUUUCUCCAGCACCAGCACCAAUGUUGGGAGGGACCUUUUUUCCCUGGAAGAAAGAUGCCUCAUCUUUGACCCCAAUGAGAGUGGGUCAGUGGAAGGGCGAGAGGAAACUGAAAUGGAGGCCUUGAUGACCUUGGAAAAGCAACCGUCCAGGGAAAGUCUUCCAGAGCAGACCCUGCUGCCUGAUGAUCUGGUUUCCUGUUUGAGGGCCAGGGGGGAGAAGGACUCCCCAGAUGUCCGCCCUUAUUUUCCACAGAGGUUUGGAGGGCCGUUUCCAUAG